UGCUUCACACCUUCCAUUCCACCGAGCAUCUCUCCCCCCAUCGCUUCCCCGCAACCAUCGUGCACCGCUGCAGCCCUGAAGGCGCAACACAAUACCCCGGAAAUUGUACAAGGGGCCAAGAAGAAAAGUCUCCUCCCCACCACCCUACCAAGAAACCGUAGUCGUCACACUCACAGUCACUUGCUCAGUCCACUCCGCGCACCCUCACUCUCGCCCACUCCGUCCGGCGAGUCCGCCCGCGCCGCGGCGAUGGCCGUGAGCAACAACAUCACGGCGUGCCUCAACUUCCUGGCCCUAAUCUGCACCAUCCCGGUGGUCGCCACGGGCCUCUGGUUCGCCUCCAAGCAGGGCGCCGAGUGCGCGCGGCUGGCGCGCUGGCCCGUGGCCAUCCUCGGCGGGCUGCUCCUCCUCGUCGCCCUCGCGGGCUUCGUCGGCGCCUACUGGAACCGCCAGGGCCUGCUGGCCGCCUACCUCUUCGCCAUGGCGGCCCUCAUCACGCUCCUGCUGGCCCUCCUCGUCUUCGCCUUCGCCGUCACCCACGGCUCCGGGGCGUACGACGUGCCCGGCCGCGCCUACCGCGAGUACCGCCUCGAGGGCUUCUCCGGCUGGCUGCGCGGGUAUGUUGCUGGGGAUCCCCAGCGGUGGGAGGGCAUCAGGGCGUGCCUCGCCGCGUCGGACACCUGCAAGAAGCUCACCAUGGAGACCGCCUUCUUCAUCGCCCCCGAGCAGUUCUACCAGUCCGACCUCUCCCCGCUCCAGUCCGGUUGCUGCAAGCCGCCGACGGCGUGCGGGUACGCGUACGUGUCCCCGACGGUGUGGACGAGCCCGGCGAACCCGGCGGCGGACGCGGACUGCGGCGUCUGGAGCAACGACCCGCGGCAGCUCUGCUACUGGUGCGUCUCCUGCAAGGCCGGCAUGCUGGGCACCCUGCGCGACCAGUGGCGCCGGGCCAACGUGGCGCUCGUCGCCGCCACCGUCGCGCUCCUCGUCGUCUACGUCAUCGGCUGCAGCGCCUUCAAGAACGCCCAGACCGAGGACCUCUUCCGCCGCUACAAGUGGAGCAACAACACCUGAUGCUGACGUUGUGCACUAGUAUGACUAGUAGAAUGCCCGUGCGUUGCAACGGGCUGCAUUGGGGACUUUCUUUUUACAAUUAAAUUGCUCUCUUUUUUUUCCUUGCUAUCUUCUCCCAACUGUAAAAUCUCUGCAGCAAACAUCAUUGAUAGUAGAAAAAGAGGCUGUCAUGUCAAAUUAUGUGCAUCUCCAAGGUGUUGCACUACAACAAAAAAGAGAUCAAUGCACCCAUUUAUCAUACUUGCACAAGUUUUAGUUUGUAAUCACAUUAGUGAAACAUGCUAGUCCCUAAUGACCUUUUCC